AUGCCCAAGAUCAGGAAGCAAACCACCAACCGUAAAACGACCCGAGAUAGGGCAAAGAUUCACAAAAAGUCUGUUGAUACCAAGAGAAAGACCAAUAAAGCCGCCAAGAAAGAUCAAACAUGGAAGUCUAAAAAGAAGCAAGAUCCAGGAAUUCCCAACAGUUUCCCUUUCAAAGAUCAGAUUUUAGCUGAGCUAGCUGAGGAAAGAAGAAAGGCUGAGGAGGAAAAGAUUGCCCGAAGAGAAGCCGCCAAAGCCGCCAGAGCUGCUCCACCACAAGAAGAAGCUGAAGGCGAUACUCCAGGUAUCGUGUCUAUAGCUGGAUCCGUCAAAUCAAAGACUGCUCCUCUUUCUGGUAUUGCCGAACCGCUCGCCUCAUCGUCAUCAGCGGCAACCGAUGUGCCAGCCUUGAUCGAUACUGCCAUUCCUACCUUGAACGAUGUGAUCGACAGAGCGGAUGUCAUUUGUGAAGUUGUAGACGCAAGAGAUAUUUUAGGUGGAAGAAGCGCACAUGUGGAAGGGUUGGUCAAAGAUGCCGAAGGAAAAAUCGUUCUUCUCAUCAACAAAAUUGAUUUGGUUCCUCGAGAAGCACUUCAAUCAUGGCUAUCUCAGCUUGAUGUCCCUGCUUUCUUAUUCAAAUCUCGUUUACCUUCACCACCUGCAGCUUCAUCGUCAAAGACUCCGGCUCCCUCAUCAAGCAUCGAGCUUGGCAAAGUACUAGGCAGAGAGGAAUUCUACACGGCUGUCAAGCAAUGGUCCAACGAGAAACAAGCUAAAGCUCAACCCAAGACCAGAUCCAAAGCUAAAGCAAAGGAAGUUAUACCUGUCGAACCUUUGGUAUUAGCUUUCAUGGGUUUGCCCUCAGUUGGUAAAACAUCAAUCCUCAAUUCCCUUCUCUCCUCCACCCAUACAAAGCAUGCCGUAGCACCUUAUGUUCCUUCAGCUCAAUCUGCUAAAUCUCCCGAGCCCACAACUAAAGCUCCCGUAGAAGUUGAGAUCGAAGUCGAAGGUGAGAAGAUCCGAAUAAUCGAUACUCCCGGAUGGGAAUAUGCAGAUGACGAGGACGAGGAGGAAGAGGAGGAGGAGGCCGAUGAGACUGAGGAAGCAGCGGAGGAACUUGCUCAAAAAUGGGAUUUGAUGGAGACCAAAUUGGCAGGCGAUCUGUUAAGGAGGAACUUAGGUAGAGUGGACAAGGUCAAAGAAGCUUUCCCCUUAGUCAACUACAUCAUCAAAAGAUCUAACCACCAAGACUUGAUGUUAGCUUAUAAUAUUCCAUUCUUCGAAGCUGGAGAUGUGGAAGCUUUCUUAACGGGAUUGGCUCGUGCUCAAGGAAGGAUCAAGAAGCAUGGUACACCAGAUCUUGAUGCUGCUUCUCGUGUCUUGCUCCGAGAUUGGGCAUAUAACACCUUCCCUUACUACUCUGCUGCUCCUAAAUCAGCUUCCAUGGAAGUCGAUGCGUCCGAUGAGAAAUACGACAUGACCGCCGUUCUUGAGAAAUGCAAGAGCAAAAAAGAGAUGAAGAAAGAGAACGCGAAGGGUCUAAUCAGAUUCAAGGGUAUUGAAGCGGUUGACAAACGUGAUAUUAUCUUGGAUGAUGAUUACACUGCCAUGACUGGUCCUUUGGAUGAUUCCGAUGAAGAGGACGAAGAUGAAAUUGAUCUCGGUGACGAUGAUGACGAGGACGAUGAGGAGGAAGACGACGACGAAGAAGUACUGUUGAUCGGUUCAGAUGAUGGUGAAGAAGUAGACCUUGAAGAUGGACCUGAGCCUUCCUCUGGAUCUGAUGUCGAAGACGAGGAGGACGAAGAAUCAGAACCUGAACCUGAGCCUGUACCAGCCAAGAAGAGGAAGAGAGCUUCAUUACCUGCUCCAUCGAAGAAAGUAAAAAGGGUGUCAUUUGCCAAAGAGGAGAAACCUUUGAAAGGAAUCUUGAAACGUAAGAGAUGA